AGGGUGUUUAGGGAUUGAAUGCAGUUCUUUCGAGUUUCUCUGCUUGCUCGCGACCGGAAUCACUAGUUUCUUCUCCUUCUUUUUUUUCGGCCGACACCGAAGUCGUAGCAGGAAAAUGUCGUCCUCCCACCUCCAGUGGCUCAUCACCCGUAAUACCAGCUCCUUCGUUUUGAAGAAGCGUAAUGUCAAACAGCCUUUCUCCAGGGAACCACUCCACUUGACCAACAGGCAUUGCUUCAAGUACAACACCUUGGUACACAAGAAUGUGAUUGGUAUUGAACCAGCCAAGGACAAGAAUGGAUUUGUUGUUGUACAGAAGAGCAAGACCAAAGUGUACAAGCCUAAGGCAUCCUUGGUCCGAUUCCAGAUCAAGUCUGGACCCCGUCACACUUUGGCUAAGCUACGCAACAUUGUCAAGGGAGGUUACCGCAAGGACUGCAGAACUGCAGUGUUGAAGAAGGCCUCUGCUAUCAUCCGUUCUGAGAAACCCAGGGCUGCAAAGAAGACCAAGCCCGCCAAGAAAGCUGAAUAAGCCUUUGUAUGACAAGAGUUGACACAAAUAAAUUCUUGUGGGUACAAAUGGAAAAUCAUUAUUUUAUUUUCUUGAAUAGUAAUUAUUUGCAAAAAAAUUUUAUCCAACAGUAAACCUCAGCUGCAAAAGAUAGAUACUUCAAUAGGGUUUAUUUAUGGUACAAUGAGGAUACAAGGAUCUCACUCACAGCCAAUGAGAAAAAGUACAGGUGAUGGAUGAGUGAGACGGUAGCAUAAAAUUCACGAUAGUGAAUAAUUCAUUGAAAUCACAGUUUCGCACAAGUGGAAUGUUGUCUUUUUAAAAGAAGUCAACGUUUGUGUGACAGUACAUGAAAACAAUUAAUCAUCGAUUUCGAUGCAAGGAGGAAAAAAAAAGAAAUGUAAACUGUUUUAGUCUGUCUCACCAGCAGAAAAAAAGAUGCAUGUAGUUAAAAUUAACAGUCUCAGACAAAAAAAAAGAGUAUUCAUAUGUCACGAAACAAAUAAGUAACGAAAAGAAAAAUGCAUUCGAGUGUGAUUAUGACGUUAGAUUUUCCACCGAGGUUCUUGGAGAGAAUCGCAAUUCCAGUUUGCUCAUGUCUUCGUCAUCAUCGGACGGAUCAGACACAUCCUGUUGAUGGGCCAAUUUCGAAAAGCCGUUAGUCCCACCCAGUUUCCGAUUGACGUGUUCUAAUCUUUGAAUCUGUCAAAGUUGAAUAAAAUGCACUUUCAUAACGCA